UGGAACUUGAAAAGAAAAUGUCAAAACUUUGUUAUUAAAAUUCAUUUAUUUUAUUUAUUUAAAAAAAUGGAUAUAAAUUAUAUAAAAUCUACAAUAGAGGGACUUAAAUCUUCUUCCUCAAGCAGAGUACAAGAAACUUUAUUAAAAAUAAGAAGCAAAAUUAUUACAAAUGAUGACGGAAUAAAGCUUUUUCGGGAAUGUGGUGGUUUAGAGUGUUUGUUACCCCAUUUACGUAAACCGAAUGAAAGGAUCCUCGAUAUUACACUGAGUAUACUCGGUAAUUGUUGCCUGGAAGAAGAGAGCAGCCUAUCUGUUGGUAAACUAUAUGUGUUUGGUCCAUUAGUAAACAUAAUAAAAACAGUGUGCCGGGACAGCAUAGUUGGCAGAGCAUGUCGAGUAAUAGGCAACCUAGCUCAAAGAAAUUCAAAUGCAGAAGGUUUGCACAAUCAUGGAGCAGUGACUGCACUAGUAACGCUCAUAGAAAACAGGGACAAGAACACAUCUUGCCCUACCCUCACAAUGGCUGUGCGAGCUAUCAGACAACUCUGGAUGGUAACAGAAAAGCGAGAUGAAAUGCUUAGCUUGAACUCAGUACGUUGCAUUGCAAUAUUGUUGACAACAGAGUGUGAGACUGCUGGAAUAAUAAAAUCAACAAAUCCAGUCCGUGAUGCAGAUGGAUUGAGGAAAAGCCAAGAAGAACUUAUAACUGGUAUAUUGAAAUGCUUGGGAUACUUCACAACACACUCUACUGCACAAUGUGCUGAACAGAUCCAAGGAGAUGGCAGAGGCUAUCAGUGUCUGGUGGCAUUAACAAAAAAGUUUGAAUCACUUUCGCUGAAGUGUCUUAUGAAUCUUUGUUAUCUGUCUAGCUGUCGUCCUCUCCUGGGCAUAGCAGGAUUUGUAGAAUGUCUUGUUAGCAUUCUACAAAAAAUACCAGAUGUUUCUUUAUGGCCUGAAGGCACAGCACAUGCGCUGGCGCAGCUUAGUGGGGAGUCAGUAAACCGGUCCCGAUUACGUCACUGUGGGGGCUUGCCUCUCUUGGUAGCUGCAGCCCGCGUAGACCCCCAUGCUAUGCAUGCAUUACUCCAAUAUGUUUUUGAUGAUACAUCUUUCCAGAUAUUAGUUAACGAAGGCCUGGUUAGCUUAUUGACGGACGAAUUAACGACGUAUCUAACAACUAUGAGUUUUGAACAUAGCAGCACAGAGCAUACGGAUAUAUUAAAUGAUGCUUUGGAAAAUGUAAAAGAGGAUCAAAACGACGUAAAAAUUGAUACUGAUUUGCAAGUACCAGAUAGUGGUACAAGUAGUGUAGAAGGCAAAGUUAGCUUAUUCGCGCGUCGUAAAGGACCCUUGUCUUGUAAGAACGAAGAUGAACUGAAGGUUGUGAUAGAGAGGGAUAAUAUGAUAGUCGGGUUUGUUGACGCCAUCGAUAGCGAUGCUACUGACGACAGUCACAGUGAUGACGAUGCGCCGCCAUUACGGCGAAAGUGCCUGAAACGAGCUCGUUCCAUCAGCCCAAAAGCUAUCAAAAAGAAAUCUCAGUUAAUCAAAAUGGCUAGCAAAGACUGGUCGGCUGGAGUAUAUUGGGAACCGAAAAGCCCUGAAUGGCCAUCAAAUCCUCAGGCAUCAGGAUCUCGCGUCUCUAUGAGUCCUGAUAGAGGGGACCAUGGGCCACUGUCUCCAUACUCAGAUGGCUACCAGUCUGGCUUUAGUCCAGAGUACAGAGGGUUCUCAUCAAGUAACAAACGCGCCCGAUGGGACUGGAGUCCGGAAUCUGGCGUUAGUUCAGGUGAAGCCAGUUCAAUGUCACCCUAUUGGACUGAUUACCAAUGGAGUCCGAAUAGUUCUGGAGGUCCAACGUCACCAUUUAGCGUUAAAGAAGACAGUUCCGAUUCAGAGAUAUCAGGCCGCUACUCGCCAGUGUGCAGUGAUAAUGAAGGUGAAAUAGUAGAUCUGGCCGGAGUGAACAGUGCGGCCGCGGAGCUGGAUGCCGCGCAGGUCGCGCACGACUUGGACGAGCUUAUCAUGGAAGACGACGAGAGCGUGGAAGAAGAAACUCCUUUAGAAGUUGAUACCACAAAAUUAGAAGUGAACACAAAAUCAUCUCGAAUAGCAUGUGUAUUAGUGUUGCUAUUUCGUGUAUCGCACGGCGCUUGCAACACGCUCGGCGCCCUCCGCGAAGAGCCGGUACCAAACCAGACGCUGGAGCUACUGACUGGGCGAGAGUGCCUCAACGCGCUUUUAGAUUACGUGGAGAGGUGCAAGAGACCCCUGGGACGGGCUGCUCGCAUUCUUGCAAGGGUUUUGAGCAAUGCUCUGUGUCUGAUGAGUAUAUUAAAACAUAGACUGGCCUUGAGAUUACACAAUAUGUCAGUGAGUUCGAAACACCCACCAACCAAAUGUCAACAGUGCAAACAAAUCGUAAGACUUAGUUCAAAGCUGUUGAGUCAGCUGACGAUACUGGCGGAGUCUAGCUAUGGCAUCGGAGAGAUUAGUUACCAGCUCCUGAAAGGGAGCUCCUCUAUGAAGCAAACUCUGUCGUUAACGCUACCUUAUAUUGUGAGAACAGAGAAGCCGCUAAAGAAAUAUUUUAUAGAUUGCAGCGCACUCAACUUGUUGUUCACAAUAAUCGCGGAAUCAAAAGAAAACAUACAGGACUGUGUUACCGCUUUAGCAAAGCUGGCUAGCAACGUAAAUAUUAAGGACCCGAAAGUCCUUGAGAAUAGAUUCAAGGACCAAGUCUGCGUUAGUUAUGACCCUAUUCUAGAUAACUUGUCCCUUGACGAAAUAGUUACUUUUGAACUAGAUGAUUUAUCAACGGUGCGAGCGAAUAGGGUAUUCUUGUGUCAGAACUCCGAAGUUUUCAGUGCCAUGUUAAUGGGAUGUUUUAAAGAGUCCGAGGAAAAGUGCGUAAGAUUGAAGAAUGUUACCAAACCAGCGUUAGAAUACCUAUUUACUCUCUUACAUUGCGGAUUGAAUAAUCCAAAGUGUACAGUUCAAGUCUUCCCAAUGGCUGAUAAAUUAGAAACUAAUUUAGAGGUACUAUUGCUAGCUGAUAGAUUUUUAUUUGAGAAACUUAAAGGGUUACUUAGCAGUGCUAUUCUACAGUUCCAAUUAAAUGAGGAUACUGCUGACAAAAUUUAUGUAUGGUCUUUAAGUGAAGGUAUGGGCUUUUUAUGUGUGGAGUCAGUUGCAUAUUUGCUGACAGGAAAAAUGGGCGAGUUAGAACGCACCAGAUCAUUUAGAACUAUUCUCAAUUUGGAAUAUAAAGAACAAUGGCUUGAAGACAUCAAAUCUAUGAUACUGAGACAGCUGGUCAAAUAAAUAGUGGUUUCAGUAUGAGUAAGUACAGUUAGCAACGAUUCAGUCCCCCACACUACGGUUUUCUUAGUGCCAGUGAUAUGUAUUUCAGAAUUGUUGUUGAGUAUGUUUUAAGUUUCAGUAGGUGUUAAUCCUAUUUUGUUACCAACAACAAAAAUUUAAUUGUCUUACUCGAGUUUUGUUGCUGCCUGUACACUGUGCUGGCUUUAUAGUUACCUUGCCGAGCGCCUGAGGUUUAUGAGAUUAGAAAAUGAAUUAAGAAAUUACUGACACAUGUAAAUAGGAAUAUUUACUUAGUAAAUAAAAUGUCUGUAAAACUAUUUAAAGCACUUUGUAAGAUGAUCUCUAUCAAUCCAUGGCUUAAAAUUAAGAAAUGAAACUGCCAUUUAUAGCAAUAUUAUUUAAGUAAAUAUAUUUAUUAAGGUUUAAUGAAUUCAACAUUUGUGUUUACUGCAUUUAUUCAAAAGCUAUAUUUUUAAUUAAUUUAGUUAUCUACCCACCUUAUAAAUGUAAUGUUUUUUAUUAUUCUUAAAUGUUCUUAGGAUUAAAAUUUUGUGUUACGGGCCUUUCCAUAUUUUUACUGCCUAAGAAAUAUAAAUUGAUUCGUAUAAAUUCAAAUAAUAAUGAAAUUGUUUUUCUAUUAUAGUAACAGUGAACAGAUGUAUUGUUUCAGAAAUAUAUUAAACAGCAUUGAUGAUUAUUGUUUACAUUUUGUAGGAAUAAAUGUAUCACUUAUUCAUUAUUAAUAACUUAUGGGUAAAAAAUUUGAUUGCUUAAAAAAUAACAGAUUACUUAAUAAAGGUAUAUUCACAAAA